AUGAGUUCUUCCUCUUCCAAACCGACGUAUAUCUACAAGCUCAUCCCCUCCACCGCGCCCGUCCCAGAUGAUCUUCCCGAGCGGUUACCGGUCAGCGACCUGGACCAGCGCUCAGGAUUCAUCCACCUCUCCACAGCACCGCAAGUUCCCAACACUCUCAAAUUCUUUUUCAAGGAUGAGCCUCUUGUCUACGUACUUCGAAUCGAAUACGAGCGAGUAGAGAAGGACAUCCGAUGGGAGAAUCCGGAUGCCACCGUGUGCGGACCAAGAGGAGGUGAGGGGUUGUUUCCGCAUCUUUAUAAUGGCCUCAAGUUAGGAAAGGACGAAAUAGAAAGCGUCGCUGUGUGGAAAAAUGAGAACGGAUGGGACGAGGCGCUGAAGAAGGCUGAGUCGUGGCUUGUAUAUUAA